AUGCCAGAUUUCAGGUCGCGGCUAUCGGGCACAGAGAAUCAACAUAGUGAAUUGCCUUCUAGAGUCGACAAAGCACUGAUCAAUUCUAAGAAGAGAAAACUCCGACACGAUCCUCUUUAUCCGACCAUUACUCGAAUGAAAUACCGCGUGGAUUCAGCCGAAAGAGCAUCGAUGUCCCAGAAUCAACCCUCAUCUGGGUUAACCGUACCGUUAGUGUUAUGGGGGAAGAGCCCUCCAAGGAACCGCAUCAGCUGUGUUCGCUCGUUACCCGAUCGCAAAACCAUCGUUACAGGUUCGUUCGAUGGUGAAUUAAUCAUAUGGAAAUUAUUGAAUGAUGGACAUUUGGGUGCAACGAUAAUGAUCCUUGGUCAUGAAUCCGCAAUAACUGCUAUUUCACCCACUGGUGUUUCUCCGAAUGCAACACGUUUUGUGAGCGCAUCCAGUGAUGGUCAGUUGAGUUUAUGGGAGAGUGGUGAUGGGCGAAGUGUGGAUACUGUCCUGUCGACUUAUGUACAUCGUCAUAUCGUUCCUUAUAGUACAAAACAUGGAAUUCUCAGCACGUGUCGGUUGUAUUGUAUUGGUGAAUACGCAGAGGUGGUUGUUCUGGAUGCUCAAGAUUUGAAUGUAUUAUUCACACUCAGUUCGAGGGUUGAACCCGAUUGGCUCACUGCGAUAACAUUCUUUAAAACCUAUCAAAAUAUCGAUAGUGUUGUUGGUAUUUCGAUGGGCGGAAUGAUGAAAAUAUGGCGCUUGAUCGAUAUCGAUAAACAUGAGGCGUCGAAUCCAGUAUAUGAAGAAGAGUCGAAAAGUGUUGGUUUGACCGAGGUUCGUGGCGUUUCGUGGGCAUCGUGCAAUCGAUCGAUGGUGCUCGUCAUUACCGUUGAUUCGUGGCAGGUAUUUGACUUAGCUGAUUUGAAUCGAUGCUUCAUUGUUGAUUCACAUGAAGCCCUUUGCGGUGGAGUUAUCGUCGAUGUUGAUCGUGUUGCAAUUGCUGUCUCGAAUGGUUCCGUUCAAUUAUUCCAGUUACCGAGGAGCUCGUUAUUCGGUGACGAUGUGCACAAUCGUUUUGGUAAAACUCCUGCAGAUCUUGAUGGUCAUAAUGAACCAUUCGUCUACGCAGCACUACAAGGAUACAAGUCUGCGAGUUUGUUGUGGCCAUCACAUAUGACAUUCCAUUUCGAUUUUCACACUGAAUCGUGCACGUUUACGGUGCAUCGAGCGGAUGUUAACGGAAAUUUGGCCGUUUGGACGUUGCCGAAAGUAUCCGAAGCUGAAGUUGUUCAGCGAUUCUCGAAAGCCAUUGUGCAGAAGGCGUCUGCUAAAACAAGUCUCGCAAAGCUCUGGAAGUCUUUGCAGUCACCUCCACCGUCCAUUGUUCACAUGAAUGAUAAUCGCUCGAUAACGGCCACGCUCUAUGUGAGCUCACAAGGUCGUUUGGUAAUCGGUCGAGAUGAUGGUUCAAUUUUGAUCGUUUACGCUUGCGAGGCGAUCUCGAAACAGCUUUUGCAAACCAAUUCAACCGAGGUGAGUUGCCGUCGCCUUCUGGGUCAUACGUCGACCGUAACGUGCCUACUGUAUCCGCAUGAAGAGCACGAACGAUACGACAUGCAGAAACUCAUUUCGGGAUCUGCAGACUUUUCGGUGAUCGUUUGGAAUUUGAAUACGGGCACACGUUUGCAUCGCUUUUGCGUUCAAGGUGGACCGAUUUUGAGACUGCUGAUUCCACCCGAAAAUUGUAAUGCUCGGGUGCUACACACGGUUUGCGCGAUAGCAGGUGAUAAUUCGGCAGCACUGUUGUCAUUGAAAGAGAACAAAUGCUUAUUGUUGGCAAGUCGACAGCUCUUUCCGAUCAUCGAUGUGCGUUGGAGACCGCUGGAUGAUUUUCUGUUGUUGAAAUGUGAAGAUGACUCGGUUUAUGUGUGGCAAAUGGACACUGGUAAGUUGUUUGAUCGAGAAUUCGAUACAAUCGAAUCCGAUUCAACAAAUUUGGAACGAGUGUUGAGUGGUUUGAUGAGUGAUGAAGUAAUGAUGGCGUGCGAUGAGCAGGUGGGCAUCGCGGAAGGAGACGACGGCGCUGGUGCUUCACAUGCAGUGCAGAUGUUCAGAGCGUUCAGGAAUAAAAAUGUGGAUGCGAUGCGACAAAUAGCGUCGUCAUCGGGUGUUGGUGGUCAAGACGAUAAGACUUCAUCGUCAACCUCUUCAGUAGCACUCAGCGAAAAACAACUGGACUUGCCGUCACCAAUGUGUAUACAAGCAAUGAAUCGCGAACCAGACUCUGCACAUAUCGUCUUCUUCAAUGUGGAUUCUCUGAUUGUUGGUUUGAUGUCUUUGGAGAAUGACUACGUUGCAUCACAAACACUGCCCGAGCAUAAGUCGUUGUCAACGAUUCUGCGAGGCGGACGACCUUCGCCAUCGGCCGCAUCGCCGUCACCUGAACCGCGGAAUGUGAUGGUGGCGCCACGAAUCGUCUGGCAAACCGAAACAAAUCUGUUUUUGGAUGUGGCAAGGCUUUGUUUGAGUCUGUUGCAUGCGUGGACGAUGGACGCUGACUUGGAUGCGGUAUGCUUCAAGAAGCUGAAAUUGCUGAAACCGAUCGUGCCACUAUCAUUCGGUGUUGUUUCGCGACAAGGACAUAUGUCAAUAUUAUUACCGAACGCCCGGUUCUCACAGCCGUCGCCGAUUGCAGUGGCCCCUUGCACGGAAUUGAAAGUCUCGAAUAAUUUCGAUUAUUUUGCAAAUACGGUCAGAUGGACAUUAAAUAGCUCAUUGACAACUGUGCAUCUGUUGGCGAUCAUAUCACUUGCGAAUACGUUGAUGUCACUGAGAGCAGCGAGCACAUUUGAAAUGAAUCGAUCGAAAAGUAUUAUAAGGAGACAGUCACAACGAUCGUCAGGUUCGGAUUCGAGUGAUGGCGAGACGCAGCUGAAACAGGGGUGGUCGUUGCUGGCUGCGUUGCACUGCUGCCUUCUGCCCGAAUUGGUGAAACCGAAAAGUGCUUAUUGCUCACCGCGUAUUGAACUUCUCGCUAGAAAAUGGCAAGAUCGUUGUAUGGAAGUUCGUCUGGCAGCACAGGCGUUGUUGACUCGAGAGUUGGCACGUUUGGGUGCGAAAGGCAGACGUCGUUUGGUGGACUCGUGGUCGGCCUUCUUGCCCACUUUGCUCGAUCCAUCGCUGUCAAUAUUCGGCUCAAGAACACUGACUGCUUCGAUGAGAAGUGCCCCGACAAAUUCGAGUGCCAUACCACAACAGCAAAUCCAGCAACCGCCUCCAAUCCCACCUCGAAGUUCGCAGAUAUCACUGCCUGACACCGCAAUACCAGACGUAACGCAAGUGGAAAUUGACUCAGGUGUACAGCAGAUUCGUCGGAAUCAAGCGACUGCAAUCAUCUUACUGGGGGUGGUAGGCGCUGAAUUUGCUGAUGAGAUGAUGAAGAUGGACGUAUCGCGUUCAACAGCACACUCUCUUCUCGAGCUGUUGGUAGCACCCGCAUCACCGUUGCUGCCAUUUCAUUCACCGUUGAGGCGUGCCGCGAUCGAUCUGCUUGGACGGGGUUUCACCGUAUGGCAACCGCAUCUGGAUAUCAGUAAGGUGUUGCUCGGUCUUUUGGAUCUGGCAGCCACCAGUGAGAAGUAUUCAACUGAAGCAACAAUGCCUGUUCUGUCGCCGCAAGUGGACGCGUGUCGAACUGCGCGGCAUGCCUUGUGCCUAAUUGCGACCGCUCGACCACCGGCACUCAUCACGGCGCUCAGUAAAGAGGUGGCAUUAUACAAUAGCGCAGCACAACAUCAAACCAUUCAGACGGUUACGAGCCCUUUGCUGAAGUCACGUUCCGAGGUUUUACGCAUAAUCGAGUUGUUGUCAGAGAAGCAAUAUUCAGAUGUGGCCGAUCUCAUCAUACCGGUCGGUGAAAUUCUAGUUCAUUGUUUAGAUACAUCGCUACUGAAGCAUCGUACGCUGUCGGAAAUAUUUCCACCAAUCACAAAGUUCUAUAUGGUUGGCUACUGCGCGAAUACAAGACGAAUUGCGUUCGGUGGUCGAAAUGGUAGCGUGGUGGUGCAUGAGUUGAGAGCUGCCAAAUCACAGACGAUUCAAGCGCACAAUGGUAGCGUAACAUCGGUUUCGUUCUCAGAGGAUGGCAAAUAUUUGGCCACUUAUGGCGCCGAAGACGCGAAACUGUCAUUCUGGCAAACUUCACAGACGUUUCUGGGGAUGGGUCAAAGUCAGCUGCGUUGUGUGCGCACUCAGCCAGCACCAGCCAUAUUUCCAGUGCUCUCUCCAAGCGGCUCACCACAACCGUUCCGAGCGCGCAUCGUUUGGAUUAAUUCGAAGUCAAUUACACUGAUGCUACCGAACGGAAAAGAGCAUCGUUUCACUUUGUAG